UCCACUCUCCCCAUCUAAAUCAAAUUUAGAGUCUCUUUUCUUCUAAGUUUUCCGGUGAAAAAUGUCAGGCCGUGGUAAGGGAGGCAAGGGAUUGGGCAAAGGAGGAGCAAAGCGUCACAGGAAGGUGCUGAGGGAUAACAUCCAGGGCAUCACCAAGCCCGCCAUCCGCCGUCUCGCUCGCCGUGGCGGUGUCAAGCGUAUCUCCGGCCUCAUCUACGAGGAGACCAGAGGUGUCCUCAAGAUCUUUCUCGAGAACGUCAUCCGUGACGCCGUUACUUACACUGAGCACGCUCGCAGGAAGACCGUUACUGCCAUGGACGUCGUCUAUGCGCUCAAGAGGCAGGGAAGGACCCUCUACGGAUUUGGGGGUUAGGGUUUCUGGGGUUGAAAGUCUUGCUGUCAAGAAUAGAGUAAUUGUGAUUCGGUGUUGGUUUGGUAAUGUGAUUAGUGGUUUAGGUUUCUUUCAAAUCUAUGGUUUCAGUUUGUAAUUACUAGUCUGGUUUAGGCUUAUGUGUCUGUAAUUUGCAAUUCCUUCUCUGAAUUGCGGUUUCUGAAGAAAUUGAGAAGCCUGUACCUUUUUGUUAUCUAUAAUCUUUGCAUCUUUAUCAUUAAAUUUCCAACUUGAA